CAGGAAUCCUAACCGGGAUAUCACAAAUGCGGGGAUUUUCUACCGCAUUUCGCAAAUAAUUGUCGCAACAAUCAUUCCUGUCCCGCAGCGCAUGCGGAUUGUCUUGGUUGCGAGCAGAAAUAUCAAAAAUCACUUGUGAUUGUCCAGUAAAUUAUAAUUUUGCCUUUACGUACCCACAGCUAUCAUUUCGCACGCCCACAAUGGAACAGACAACGAACAACCUCGACUGGACUUUGAACGGCGAGCCCAAGAUCCGAGACGGACGGUACGGGCCAGUGUUCCUAGCCAUGGACACCAAGACCGGACAGCUCUUAUCGGCCGAGCGACUUGAAUUCGACAGGGCGACGCUGGAAGCGGCAGUCUCACAGCUGGCACAGAAAUUUGUCGUCGACAGCGACGCACAUAACCUGGUUCGAUACCUUGGAUGCCACACCAAAGGAGAACAUACCUACCUUGUCGCCGAGCACGUCAACGGCAGCAGUUUGACCGAGAUGCUUCGUAACUCCGGACCAAUCCCGGUGCAUCUGGUUCGCAGCAUCGUCCGCUCAUUGCUGACUGGGCUCGACUGGCUGCAUGCCCACGGCAGCUACACCAAGGUGCUCCUCGAUCCGGACUACAUUUUUGUGGAUCAGAAGGGCGCCGCCAAAAUCGACAUCCCAGUCCUUGACCCUGUCGUGGCUGGCUGCCUCCCUCUGCCUGCCUCACUCGCGCUGCCAGAGUUGGGGCUGGGACAAGGUGGUCCGCAAAAGGCGAAUGUGUGGCUUUUAGGAGUCGUGGUGGCGCACAUGCUGUCUGGCGAAGCAAAGCUUGCUGUGGAUUACACCUCGGCUGCUUCGCUAGGUGCAGGGCUCAUCAGCUGCCCAGGGUCGGCCGUGGGCAUGGUGCUGCCGGAGCAUGUGGUAAAGCUAUUGCUGGAGGAGCCGCUCGCCUUUGACUUUGUACGGAAAUGCCUGACAGUGAAGGUGGCAGGUCGGCCUGGGAUAUCAAAGUUGCAAACACAUGCCUUCCUCUCGGCUUCGUAAUUUAAUCAUCAAAGCCCAAUGAAGGUGAUCCAUGACAGGGGCUCUGGGAAGUUUGGGUCGGGUUUUGGUUCCAGCUUGGGAAUAUGCGGCUACAAUUCUCAUGAGAAGGAAAAUUGAAAUUCGAUUAAAGGGAUCUAUACAAUGGCUUGGAGAGCGUAGGACCGGUAAGGGAGGCAAAGGUGCGAAGACGGGGAGAAAGCGUGGUACAGCGCGUUCUGACAUUCGUUGUCUUGGGCGUCGCCAGACGAUGCGAUAGAAAACCUGAACUUCGGUGCAUCGUUUCAACUUCCUCAGGACAUUAUCUCGGAGAUGAAGGUGACCAAGUACACAAAAUGCGUCUGGCGUGCCUUUUACUGUAAAAAGUAACUGGGAACGAAGCGUUUCGACAAGCAAGAGGGUUCAGGAACUACCUUACACUGGAAAUCAAUCGAAUAAAUCAAGCACUUGAUGCUGUACCGAAAGUCCAAAGGAUUAAAUACCAGAAUGAGG